ACACACAUUCUUUGUCUUAAUUAUACAAUCUAGGUGCGUAUUUGUGUCUUACAGUGAUGACAGAGGCAAUAGGUUUUGAUUUGACUAAUUUGUACGAGGCAAUAUCUGAGAACAACUGGCCUGCUGCGAAAGAAUUCAUUGAUCGCCAUCCUAGGGCCUUGAACCAAGAACUCGUGGCUUCAACAGGCGAAACACCUCUCCAUGUGGCUGUAAAGCUUGGGCAUUUGAGCAUUGUAGAGGAAUUGGUGAGAUUAGUUCCACCGGAAUACCUUCAAAAACUUGAUGCUCAUGGCUAUACUCCACUUGGAAUUGCUGCAUCACACGGGAAUCAUUCCAAUAGCAAAAUGCUUGGUUGAUAAAAAUAGCAAUGCACUUUCUAUUCCAAAGGGACAGCUUAAAUUGAUUCCUGUUACAUUGGCUUUUCGUGUUGGCCUCUGUGAAAUGGGACGUUAUCUCUAUUCUGUCACUCCUUUGCAAGUCUUCAAACCAGAAAAUGGCCCUUUGGGUCCUUUGUUUCUCAGAGGCUGUUUCGUCACUGGAGAUCUUGGAAUGAAGGAAAUACAUAUGCGGAAGUUGCAACAUUCACGAGCAACUGAAAUACUAAACCUGGUUUGUAGGAAUCUAACACUUCUGAGUGAAGAUAAAAGGCAUAUGAUUGCAAAAGCACUGUUGAUGGCGGCUAAAUUAGGAAAUGUUGAGUUUUUGUUUAAGGUAUCAACAACAAACCCAGAAUUAGUCUCAAUGGUCACUUUUUCUCAACAAAAGGGGCAUGCUUUCUUCAAUGCUGUUGAAUAUCGUCAAGAUGAGGUUUUCAACCUUCUCCGUGGAUUUCACUUUAGGAAUGUGGUAGCAGUAAUGUUCACUAAAAAUCACGAUAACUUGCUGCACAUAGUAGCUAAGUUGGCUCCUGCUUCCCAACUUAACCACAUCCCUGGUGCUGCUCUGAAGAUGCAAAGGGAAUGGCAAUGGUUCAAGGCAGUAGAGAGUGUGGUAAAUCCUGGAAUUGAGCUUCGUCUAAACAAAGAAGGGUUGACUCCUCUCGACUAUUUCAAAAAGAAUCACAAAGUACUCAGGAAUGAAGGAGAGAAAUGGAUAAAGGAUACUGCAUCUUCUUGCUCAGUUGUUGGUGCUCUAAUCGUUACCAUUGUGUUUGCCACAGCUUUUACUGUUCCAGGGGGAAACGAUCAAGCAUCUGGGUACCCAAUAUUUUUGAAGGAAAAGUUGUUCAAAGUUUUCUUAAUUUCAGAUGCAGUGUCCUUGUUUGCUUCUACUACUUCUAUACUUACAUUUUUAGGAAUCCUCACGUCACGCUAUGCAGAAGAAGACUUCCUUUACUCCUUACCCACAAAAUUGAUCAUAGGCCUUUCUACACUUUUUCUCUCAAUUGUAACUAUGCUGAUAGCCUUUUCCGCAACAAUAAUCAUCAUGUGGCAACAUAACUCAUCACCUUCAUAUGCUUUUCUCCCUGUUAUUAUGCUUGCCAGCGUGCCAUUGAGUCUCUUUGUUUUAUUACAGUUCCCUCUUCUUGUUGAAAUAAUUUCUUCUACUUAUGGUCCAGGCAUCUUCCACAAGAAGGUGAAGAAGUGGCCAUGAAAUGUGUGUGUACU